AUGAUCAACCCACCCGACGAAACCGUCUACUCAAUCUGGAUCGGCACCAACGAUCUCGGCAACAAGGGCUUCUUGACCGAUCAGCAAGUCCGCGGGACCAAUAUCGUCAACUACACCGACUGUGUCUUUGAUGCCUUGAAGCAGUUGUACGAUCAAGGCGGAAGAUACUUUGUUCUGCAGAAUAUUGCACCACUGAAUUUGGCGCCUGUUUACGCGCUUCCGGAGGAUGAAGGCGUUGCGGGAAAGGAUAAGUACUGGCUGGCGGAUUGGCCGCUUGACAAUCAGACCGCCAUGUCUUAUCGGAUGUUGGAGCAGGUUGUGACUGUGAAUGCGAUUUUUGAGUGUCAGACUCCUUUUGUGAAGAGGAUUAGUCGGGAGUUUGAGGAUGCGAGGUUUGCGAUUUUUGAUAUGCAUGCUUUGAUUUCGGACAUCUAUUACAACCCAGCUUUGUAUCUCAACGGCACCGCGCCGCUCAACGUGCGGGGAUUCGACAACCAGUGCAACUCGACUGGAGGCGAUUGCGUGAGGUCUGACAGUCCUGACAGCUUUUUGUGGUACGAUGCGUUGCAUCCCAGCGAGCAAGCGGAUCGUGUCUUUGCGAGAGAGUUUGUUGAGGUCGUCAAAGGUACCAGCAGAUGGGCGAGAUAUUGGUAGAGAAGUCGUGGAAGCGCGAGACAUGGGAAAUAGAUGGAUCUUGAUUGGGUCUGAAAUGAUAUAAGCUCGCCUUGUACUACCGACGUCCAAUUUAACUUCCGAAUGAUGAG